AGGGUGAGGAGUCAGAAAGUCCACUGGUCCAGUGCGGGGAAAAGCCUGAUCUGUUGAGUUCGAACAAUGCCCAAGUUGGAAGGAUAGUUCUACGUGGGGGGUCAAAAUGGGGGCGCGCUAAACUACCUUUAUUCACAGUUGCAUUUAGCUGAGAACUAUGACGACGAACAAAGCCAAACAAGUUUGUGAUCAUCGUGAGAUGGUUCCACAACUUGGCAAGGGACCAAAUUCCAUAGAAUCGGCAUGGGGGUUGGCGAUGACGGUAUCGGCGGUGAAGCUUAAACUUGACCGAACCUGAUCGGGAAAAGUCAAAACCAACGACGACUUCUUCCAUAAAUACUUGGUGUGACCACACACCGUCAAGACUGGCUGUAGACCUGAUCGAUCUUGUCGUUCCAUCACAUAUAUACCACCCCAAAGUCAUCAUCAUGGUCCACGCUCGUCGUCCGCCUCUCGCGCCCCUCCUCACGUUGCUCCUGGCAACAACUGCCAAAGCCGUCGAUGUUCCGGCUCAGGCACAGGUCAUUGACCAGAAGAGCUUCAACGUUCUUGGGGAUGUGCCGCCUCCUACUGUAGCGAAUUCUACUACUCUCUUCAUCCCGCCUGGAACGACAAAGGAGUCCCUUUUUGAGAAGCCGUUCCACAUCUACGAUGAAGAGUUCCUGGACAUUAUUGGGACCAACCCGACUCUUACGCUCCUCAACUCAUCAGGAACGAACCCCAGGUUCCAUGAAGCUGCUGUCUGGGUCCCGUCCACGGAUGACUUCUUCUUCGUGCAAAACGCGGGUGAUCCCGCCGCUGGCACUGGGCUCAACAAGUCGGCCGUCAUUCAGAAGAUCUCGCUUUCCAAGGUGACAGCUGAGGUAUCGGCUCAAAGAAAUGCCACUGGCAAGGUCGAUGUUCACUUGGUGGCAGCGACUCCUGCUAUUAUCAACCCUAAUGGCGGAACGAACUAUAAGAACAGAAUCCUCUUCGCCGGCGAGGGACAGGGCAGCAGAGUUGCUCCGGCGCUUUAUGUCAUGUCUCAUAAUGCUCCUUAUAACGCCACAGUCAUCCUGGAUAACUACUUUGGCCGUCAGUUUAACUCGAUCAAUGACGUUGCCAUCAACCCGCGCACCGGAGACAUUUACUUUACCGAUACCACCUACGGCUAUGUUCAGGAUUUUCGGCCCGAGACUGUGAUUCAGAAGCAGGUUUGGAUGUUCAACGAGAGCUCGGGGGCUGUGGCCGUUGUGGCUGAUGGGUUCAACAUGCCUAAUGGCAUCACUUUCUCACCCGACGGCCAUCACGCCUACGUGACCGAUACCGGCGUCAUCCAGGGCUUCUUCGGGCGUAACUCGUCCUUCCCAUCGAGCAUUUACCGCUAUGAUGUCGAAGAGGACGGCACCUUCUCCAACCGCAAGACUUUCGCCUUCAUCGCGACCGGCGUGCCGGAUGGCGUCCACGUCGACACCAAGGGCAACCUGUACGCGGGCUGCGGCGACGGCGUGCAUGUGUUCAACCCGUCCGGAAAGCUGCUCGGCAAGAUCUGGAUCGGAAGCACGGUCGCCAACUUCCAGUUUGCUGGAAAGGGUCGGAUGGUCAUCCUGGCGGAAACCCAGCUGUUCUUUGCCACGUUGAAGGCCGAGGGGGCGUUCCCUGGUCAGCUUUAUUGAGGGGAUGAUGUUAUAGUGUCUCGUCCAGGACAAAUAAACGUGGACUCCAGAGCACGAUGUCAACGGCAAAUUGACAAGACACCAACGAUAUUGUAGGGCUGUAAACAGCUAUUGGGGACUAUGAAUGACCAUGAGGACGAAUGAAAGGAAUAAAAGUCAUGAGAGGAAUGAAAACCGUCGUGGUGUUUACGGCGAUGUCAUGGUUUUGGUGGUCU